AUGAGUCUGCCUACGGAGCUCAUUCUUUCUGUCCUUGUAUUCUUCCCUUCGCUUCUCUCCGCUGCGCCGACUAUUGAGCUGAGGCAAGAAGCCGAGGUGAAGGAAAGCAUCUGGCAGGUCAACAUCUUCAAAGGCCCCGCUCCACCGCCUGAUUCACCGCUGAGUCCGCCGGGAGCCGCUGGUGCAUUGAGAGAUCCAUCGAAGCGCAAGUACGAGAUCAUUGGAAUUGCGGGUGCAUACGUUGUCUGGGUCACGGUCACGCUAUUCUUGCUAUUGACCGUCGGGUUGAGAUUGCGAAGAAAAGCACAAUCUUCGAACCCAACACUCAGCAUGGAGAUGAUCAAGACGGCUCAAGCGAACGAGAAGGCGCUGCCUAGCCCAGGACCGCUAAGUCCGGGCAAAUUGGCAAGUCUGCGAAGUUGGGCUUCGGGCAACAGACAUAAGAAGACGCAAUCGAAUGCAACGAGCAGCUCGACCAUCGAUACGAGGCUAGUGGAGGAAGACAAGCAGAAGAACAUGGACCAGAUGGCGAAGCUGUAUGCCCACGUAAUGGCGCACGAACAGGAAAGGGAGUCGACAAAGGCUGUAAGCAGCACUGAUGGGUCUCCCUCCUCUCCAACAUACAAUUACCACAGCCAGGUGCAAGCCAUGCCUACACCGCCAAGAUCACCACAACAUCAACAAAGCUACCCACCCGAGCUGCAGCAUCUACGUCAGGACGCACCUCAUCCGUCAGAGUCGCCAUACUACUACCCUCCUCCGCAACAGCAGGUCGCGGACGACAUCUCAAGAGCCACCACUCGAGUCAACGAUACGCCACACUCAUUCGCCAGCAAACACGAGCGAACGAACUCCAGCAAUUCCACCAAACAGCGCCCUACACGCAUCUCCGUCCGAGGCAUGCCCAUCUCCCAACCCAUCGGCGACGCCGACCUUUCCCAAUCCUUCGGCGACACCGAGCCCGGCACCACCUACGCCAGAAGAUCCACGAAUGCGGGUCUGCCUACCUCGCCACGCCUCCCACCCCCUCCUCCUCAACAACACGAAACCCUCCGCCGCAGGCAAGCCCCACCCAACGCCCUGAACCUCAACAACAACAAAGAGAACCACCCCCUCGGCCCCACAGACUCCAACACAACCCUCCCCUUCCGCCAAAUUUACGCCGACACAGGCCUGACCUCCGCCCCCUACACCAAAACAACUUUCGUGCACGCCCGCACCGACCUAUUAGGCUACCACCCUAAGACCGGCGUGCCCCAAACCCCAUAUAGCCCAAUGUACAUGCCGCAAACGCCCAUGACACCCGUGACGCCGAGCAUGUUGGUGGGGAAGAAGGAGAUGAAGCGGCAGAAGAAGCUGGAGGGGAUGAAGGUGCUGGGCGAGGAGGAUCUUGUGGGUAGUGAUGAGGAUAUGUGGGGUGCGUAG